ACAAGCGUUGCUAUGACAUCUUUCAUGCAAAUAUCAAAACACAACUUAAGACUAUCUAUCUUUUGAAAAAUCCUGAAAUAUCACAGAAUAGAAUGGGCACUGCUCUUCAACUUAACUCCUAUGGGUUAGCUAAUUCCUUGAAAGCUUCUCAUAACCUGAAACAUUCUGCUGCUACUAGCACAAACAACAUUCACAAAUCCCUUAAACAUUCAAGGUCUGUCAGUUUCUCUAGAGUGAAAAUCAGAGCGGUUGGCACGGUCCCUGAUAGUAAAUCGGAUGCCAAGCAGGAGCCUCCUGAAGAACCACCUUCUGUGAAAUUUGUAUUCGUCCAUUCUGUGUUACUACCAGAUGGGACUCCUGAUGUGCAUUUUCGUACAACUUGUGGAGGGCAGAAACUUAGGGAUACAAUGUUGGAUUCAAAUAUCGACUUGUACGGACCAUAUGGUAGACCUUUGUUAAAUUGUGCAGGGGGAGGAACCUGUGGAAGUUGCAUGGUGGAGGUUGUAAUGGGAAAGGAGCUACUUAGCCCUCGUACAGAAAAAGAGAAGAAGAUACUCAAAAAGAAACCAAAGAACUGGAGACUGGCAUGCCAAACUACCGUUGGCAGUCCAGAUUCAACAGGACUGGUUGUCAUCCAACAGCUGCCCGAAUGGAAAGCUCAUGAGUGGAAAUAUGAGAAAAUAUUGCCUCCAGAGAUAUCUCAAUGAAAACAUUCUUUUUUUAUUUGUACUAUUAUUGUUAGUUCCAUUUCCUAGCAUCCUUUUACAAGGCCAUGAGAAAUCUUUCUUGAUUGCCA